CGCAGAUGAUAUGGCAGCUUUGUGAGCGACCAGGUGGAACGGGCUUUGUUAACGCGGCUCGCCGUCGGCGGCAUGAAGACGCUGUGAGGUUGUGGCGGGGUCGCGUCCGGCAGACAUGAUUUAUUUAAUCCUCCUCUCCGCCUUGUCCGGGGGACUCAUCACGCUGCUCUUCCAGCUCCUGCUCAUUUAUCGGAAGAGCCCGGAGCCCGUCGGCAGGACGGUGCAGUACGUCAGAGCGGUCCCUGAUCCGGGGCUGAGGGACUAUCUCAGUUUUAAUAACCAGCCCGCCGAACCGGGCCAGCACCAGCAAGACGGCCCGGCGUCACCCGCCGCCGCCGCUACCAAGCAGCAGGAGGCCGCCUCCUCUCGGCAGCAGGAGGCGUCUGUCCCCGGCAGCAGCCCCAAACAGCAGCCGCCUUCCACCGGCGGCGAGCACCUCCACGUAUCCAAAGCGGAGACGUGCCAUUUCCUAAACGCCAUCUUCCUCUUCCUGUUCAGGGAGCUGCGAGACACUCCCGUGGUCAGACACUGGAUCACCAAGAAGAUCAAGGUGGAGUUCGAGGAGCUCCUGCAGACCAAGACGGCGGGUCGCCUCCUGGAGGGGCUCAGCCUCAGAGACAUCUCCUUGGGCAACUCGUUGCCCGUCUUCAAGACGGCCCGGCUGAUGAAGCCGGUGCACCUGAGCGACGACGGCAUCCCCGAGGAGCUCAACUUCGAGGUGGACCUGGAGUACAACGGCGGCUUCCACCUGGCCAUCGACGUGGACCUGGUCUUCGGGAAGUCCGCGUACCUGUUCGUGAAGAUGACCCGCGUGGUGGGACGGCUGAGGCUCCAGUUCACCCGCGUGCCCUUCUCCCACUGGUCCUUCUCCUUUCUGGAGGACCCGCUCAUCGACUUCGAGGUCAGGUCCCAGUUCGAGGGACGGCCCCUGCCCCAGCUCACCUCCAUCAUUGUCAACCAGCUGAAACGGGUCAUCAAGAAGAAACACACGCUGCCCAACUACAAGAUCAGGUACAAACCUUUUUUCCCGUUUCAAGUUCAGCCCCCGCUGGGUUCGACCUCUGACCCGGACCUGUCGAUCCAGGACAGCAAGCUGGUGGAGGGCCGGCUGCGGGUCACGCUGACCGAGUGUAGCAGACUGUUCAUCCUGGGCUCCUAUGACAGAGAGACCUACGUCCACUGCACCUUGGAGCUGAGCAGCCACGAAUGGAAGGAGAAGACACGUAGCUCCAUCAAACGGACGGAGGUGAUCAAGGGGCCAUGUGGCAGUGUGGGUAUGACCUUCAGGCAUGUUCCUGCCAGCGAGGGGGAUGCCGUUCAUGUCAGCAUUGAGACGGUCACCCCCAACUCCCCCGCUGCCUUGGCAGAUCUGCAGAAGGGCGAUCGCCUCAUUGCCAUCGGAGGUGUCAAAGUGACAUCCUCAGUCCAAGUGCCCAAACUACUGAAGCAAGCGGGCGACAGGGUCCUGGUUCUAUAUGAGAGACCGGUGCGUCACCAAAACCCCUCCAUAGGAGGGUUGGGGCCCCUCCAGGAGGGGAUGGGACAGCUGGAGGAGCCUGGCUUCAUUGCCCCACCUGGGGGCUAUGAGGAAGACCCAGCCCCCAUCACAACCCUUUCUGACAUGUCUGAAAGCAAAGACAUGGACUCUGAAUUUGAAGAGUUGAUUGUGGACUCAAAGCUGAGCCAAAAUACGGGCCCAAGCAGCAGUAGCACUAACACUACUGAGACAAAAGAUGACUUCUUACUGACAGUAAACCAAAGCCCGAAAAGAACAGUGGCUAACUUAGCCUCUAAACCCCUCGGCUCCAUAUCACCUAUCCUCAACCGCAAACUAAAUCUGGUGGGCCUUCAGUCGCCUCUAAAGUCCCAGCCCAAAGAUUCACCAAAGCCUUUGCAUAAGACCAGUGGUGAGCCAGGUGAGGGUCUGCAGCGCCCAACCAUCCCUCCUCCGCCUCCUCCCUCUCGUCCCCCAGUGCCCCCUAGGCCUCAAAUAAAGUUGACGUCAGCUUCGUCAGAAACCAGUCUGCUGGAUGGAGCUGAGUCUGCUACAUUUGCUAAUGCUAAUAUUUCUACAACCACUGUAACAGCCAUUGGCACUGCUUCUGAGAAGUCCCUGGAAAAGCCUCCUGUCACUGGAGCCAACGGAGACAGAGCCAGUGCUGAUAAGAUGCCAGUUAAACAGCCUGAGCCAAAGCCCUCCAUGAAGCCGACAGAAUCUUGUGAAGAGCUGCCAGUGCCCUCUGCUAUCCCCAGUAGUGGAAAGGCUGAACUGGCUAGAGACAAAGCUUUAGAGAGCUCCAGCAGCACAAGGGACAGUCUAGAGGACCACUCUGUUUGGGAGUCCUCAGAGACUAAGUAUCGCAACCAGACAGCACACUGGGUAAAAUCCUCAGUAGUUUUUGAGGUGGAGAGUAACCAUAAGUACCUUAAUGUGGCCCUGUGGUGCAAAGAUCCCUUUAAACUGGGCAGUUUGCUUUGCCUGGGUCAUGUCAGUCUUCGCCUGGAGCAUGUGGCCCUGGAAUGUAUGGCCACAUCUUCUGCAGAGUACCAGAGUACCUUUAGGCUGGGGGCUCCGGAGCCGAGAGCCAACGUUAGCCGCACUGCUCUACGCAGUCUUAGCACCCACAAGGGCUUUAACGAGAAGCUGUGCUACGGAGAUGUCACUCUGAACUUUUGUUACCUAGCUGAGGGGGAGCCGGAGCAUUUGGGAGGGCUAGUAGAAAGGGAGAGAGAGGGCAGUCUCCAUGAAGAAGAUCUAAGGGAGAAGGAGAGAGAGCACAUUCCCUCAGCGCCACGGGACGACUUGGCCUACGGUGCCAUGCAGAUGGUAGAAGUUCGCCACAACUUCCAGGACACCCAGUUCCAGAACCCCACCUGGUGUGAAUACUGCAAGAAGAAAGUGUGGACCAAGGCUGCCUCACAAUGUAUGAUCUGCACCUACGUCUGCCACAAGAAGUGCCAGGACAAGUGCCUCACCGAGAACCCCUUCUGUGUGGUGGUCACCGACCGUCGCAGUGCCGACCCGGAGGCUAAAUCCACCAUAAACCGUGCUACCACAGGCCUGACCCGCCACAUUAUCAAUACCAGCUCCCGCUUGCUCAAUCUGCGCCAGGUGCCCAAAACCCGGCUGGUGGAACAGGUGGCUGAUGUGGUGCCAGGAACAGUGGAGCCAUCACCCAAGCAUACCCCCAACACUUCGGACAACGAGAGCAGUGACACUGAGACUUAUGCCAGUGGCGCCAGCCCCUCCAAACAGCCUGCUGGCAGCAGUAAACUUGUCCGCAAGGAAGGUGGUUUAGAUGACAGUGUAUUCAUUGCUGUGAAGGAAAUUGGCCGUGACCUGUACCGGGGGCUGCCCACAGAUGAACGUUCACAGAAGCUGGAGCUGAUGCUGGACAAGCUUCAGCAGGAGAUCGACCAGGAGUUGGAACACAACAACUCCCUGCUGCUUGAGGAAAGGGAGGCUGGGGACGCUCGCCGCAAGGUGCUAAUCACAGCUGCCCUGGCCAAGUCUGGAGAGAGGCUCCAGGCCCUCACCCUGCUCAUGAUUCACUACCGCGCAGGAAUUGAGGACCUGGAGUCUGUGGAGAGCACCUCUCCCUCAGAGCAGCAUGGCUUCAAGGUCAAAGGCGAUGCUUUGGAAGAGGAGGGACUGAUGGGGUCAGAGGUUGAUGACAGUGACAUAUGCAGCCCUGUGGAGGGGCAGCUACUGGAUGACAUCACAGAGGAGCAGAUCUGUGUGGAGGCGCUCCACUAAAGAAACAGAGAAGGAAGAGGGAGGGUUCUGGGUUUGUACUUGUGGCUCACAGCAAAAUUAAAUCCAGCUUGAUUUGAGAGGUCAAUUUUAAAUAUUAAAAUGAAAGCGGUCCAGUGUGUGAGUCACUGGUUUUUCUUUGAUGUUCCUUGAUAAAAUAAGCUUCAUGCCAAGGAGCGUGACAGCAUCUUAACAUGAAAAAGGGUAGCAUUAUGUAAGAAUAAUGCAUAGAAUGUCCCCCCCCCCAAGACAACUGAUGCACCAUGUACCAAAGGGAACCUCAGAAGCUAUUGAUAGGAAUUUGACUUCCAGAGUGAUGUGUGUAAAUUCUCCAGCGACAACAUAUAACAACCAUUUUCUCACCAAAUAUUUGUGUUUUUGUUUUUCCCUGCAUGACACCACGAGGAUACUUUGCAAAGCAGCUAGAAAACGCCAAUGUUUUUAGUCCGUUAGGUAGAAUUCCUGACGUUAGCACGGCCACUGUGUCCGCUUCCUGGCUGAUCGCCAUUUUCGAGUACAAGCUCCUGUAGUCAGAAGAGCAAAAGUCAAAGUCUCGAUCAAUUUGUCUUUGGGGGACAGAGCUUCACAACGGAUCCGGUACUUGUUUGCUGUGAGCAACAAGCCCGCUGCGUUAUCAUCCUGUAUCUUCUGCUGUGGCCGGCGGGAAAAGGGCCGGUGUGACCGCGCUGGAAUCCGCACUCGUCCCGAGUGUCUUUGAGACGAUCUCACAUAUCUUCUACUUGGAGCACUUUUUUACUGUAAUAUUGUUGGGUUUUACAACUCACCCGUUUCUUUCCCUCUUGAAAACUUGUUGGGAAUUCAGCAAAACUGCAAGACGGACUCGAUAUUAACUAGGAGCAGAAUGGGUCAGUGCCCACUUUCCCCUCGGGGAUGAGUAAAGGAUUCGGAUUCGGAAUACUUGGUUUGUUACUGAAUGCGUUUGGCCAAACACGUCUGACAGUGGAACCAUUGUGUAUUGUUAGAAACCAUCUUGUGAGUUGUGUGUUUGUGUUUUUUUCCCCUCCUUCCGAGCGAUUUCUUUAAAUGAGUUUCUUGUCGUGGAUGUGAGGUUGAACAGAAAGCAGUAGUUGUUCUUUUGUUUUGUUUUUUUCUACCAUUAUGAACAAUCUCCAAUUUUAUUCCUUUUGUUGUCUUUUUGUGUGUGUGUGUCUUAAACUCACGCCAUGUACUUAGCAGUCCCAAACCUUUACUGAUCAGCGCGGAGGACUCCCUGUUUAUGGCUCAUGUCAGAAUGAAUGUCCCUGUUGAUAUGCAGUCAGACGCGAGGAGCUGUGUUGUUACCGAGUCCCUGAGCUCUUCAGCGACUGUUAAACGGAGUGUGUGUUUUUAC